AUGCAUGCCCUUGAUCCUCUCCUCGAAGAAUACCGCAUUACCAGCAAUGGUUUUCUCCCAGCGGAAGCACCGCUCACCAGACUACCAGACCCGUACUAUCAACCGUGGGAGCUGAUCAUAGAAAAGCUCCCGGCUCUUCUGCUGUCCCAGCGAUUCAGAGGCGCGGUGGAUAGUAUGCCGGUGCUCAACACGUCGAUGCUAAGCUUGGAGACGGAGUGGAGGCGAGCAUACUUGAUUCUGGCAUUCUUCACCCAUGCCUACAUUUGGGGAGGGGAGAAGCCAUCACAGCGAUUACCACCGUCCAUAACAGUCCCAUUCUUGAAGGUGGCCGGUCACCUGGGACUUCCUCCGACUGCCACAUACGCGGCAUUGAACUUGUGGAAUUUUGGCUGUCUGUCAUCGGAUGGGAAUUUUCGUAUUCCAGAAAAUCUGCUGGUGUUGCAUACAUUUACCGGAUCAAUGGACGAGGCCUGGUUCUACCUCAUCUCCGUUGCUAUUGAGGCUGAAGGAGCAAGCAGCAUUCCCCUGAUGCUGAAUGCCAUCGAUGCCGCCAAGGUCGGCGACGCCAGCACCGUUAUCCGCAGUCUCAAAGCACUUAGCCGCGUCUUCGAGAAACUCGGAGAUCUCUUGGACAGGAUGUAUGAACAUUGUGAUCCGCACGUGUUCUAUCAUCACAUCCGGCCGUACCUCGCCGGAAGCAAACAUAUGGCCAAAGCCGGGCUUCCACAGGGAGUCUUCUAUGAUGAAGGAGAUGGAAAGGGAUCUUGGAGGGAAUACAGUGGAGGCAGCAACGCGCAGAGCUCCCUGAUACAAUUUUUCGAUAUCGUGCUGGGCCUGCAGCAUCACCCCACUGGAUCUCAAUCAUCGAGUGCGCCCAAGAACAACGAGCACGGCUUCAUCAAUGAAAUGAGAAACUAUAUGCCUGGCCCUCACCGGCGGUUUCUGAAGUACCUUGUUUCUACCAGCAAUAUCCUGAGCUUCGUAGAAAGCCAACCGGCCAACACAGCCUUGAGUCAGGCAUAUGCUGAGUGCGUGGCCGAGUUGCGCAGAUUUCGAGACAGACACAUUCAGAUUGUGAGCCGGUAUAUCAUCCUCCAGGCCAGCAAGCCCCAACCCUUCUCACACCACAGCCGCCAGAACCUGGCCACGGCAACCUCCGAAGAGACCCAAGGCAAGGUGGCAUCCGAAAUGUACGGAACAGGCGGAACGACAUUGAUUUCAUUCUUGAAACAGUCCCGAGAUGAGACAAGAGUCUACACUGCAUCUAGCAACAACAAUUGA